AGAUACUGUAUGAACUAACUGAACUAACCAGCCUGGAGCUUUUUGGACAACAUGAGUGAGAGAAUCUACAUGGUCAGGAUACAUGCCCCUCCCCAGCUGUCCAGUAUCUUAAGAACUCCAGCCCUAAGAGUAGUGCCACUGAAUAGCCACUGUGGUCUCCCUCCGGUCCUUUCUUCUCUGCCCUGCAUCGCUUUGCAAGAGGAUAAUUAAUCAGUCAGGAGUUAGGACCCAGAAAUAUUUGGUAGACUUACACGAUCUGACAGCUGCCUGGAAAUCAAUGAAGUGUACUUUAAGAAAGCUCACACCAACUGGAAGUGGUUUGAGACUAUUUCAUUUCAUUUCAUGUGUCCAUUUGCCCCCUGAGGUUCCAUUUUGGACUUUGAACAAUUUCAUCUUCUUUUCAAAGCUCCUCUUUUUGAAGGAAAUGCUCUGUGGUGAGAAAAGAAAUAAUUAUUCAUCUAAAACGGACCUCAAGAUGUUGUUAGGUUUUAUUCUGAUGUUCGUCUUCCUUGGUGUCACUCCCUCAGCCACAGCAGGAUUCAGGUCAAUAGCUGAAAAUGAGGAUGCCCUCCUUAGACAUUUAUUCCAAGGCUAUCAGAAGUGGGUUCGUCCCGUGUUAAAUUCCAACGAUACCAUAAAAGUAUACUUUGGAUUGAAAAUCUCUCAGCUGGUGGAUGUGGAUGAAAAGAACCAGCUGAUGACAACAAAUGUGUGGCUCAAACAGGAAUGGACAGACCACAAAUUGCGCUGGAAUCCUGAUGAGUAUGGUGGAAUUCGCUCAAUUAAAGUUCCAUCAGAAUCUCUCUGGCUUCCUGACAUAGUUCUCUUUGAAAAUGCUGAUGGACGUUUUGAAGGCUCCCUCAUGACCAAAGUCAUUGUGAAAUUCAAUGGAACCGUUAUUUGGACCCCUCCCGCCAGUUACAAAAGUUCAUGCACCAUGGACGUCACAUUUUUCCCAUUUGACCGACAGAACUGCUCCAUGAAGUUUGGAUCUUGGACUUAUGAUGGUACCAUGGUUGACCUCAUCUUGAUCAAUGAAAAUGUUGACCGAAAAGAUUUCUUUGAUAAUGGAGAAUGGGAAAUACUAAAUGCAAAAGGCAUGAAGGGAAACCGAAGAGAGGGCUUAUACUCCUAUCCAUUCAUCACUUACUCUUUUGUCCUGAGACGCUUGCCCCUGUUUUACACCCUCUUCUUGAUAAUCCCCUGCUUAGGGCUAUCUUUCCUCACAGUCCUUGUGUUCUAUUUGCCUUCUGAUGAGGGAGAGAAACUUUCCUUAUCCACAUCAGUUUUGGUUUCUCUGACAGUUUUCCUCUUAGUGAUUGAAGAAAUUAUCCCAUCUUCUUCCAAAGUCAUUCCCCUCAUUGGAGAGUAUCUUUUGUUUAUUAUGAUCUUUGUUACCCUGUCGAUUAUUGUUACUGUCUUCGUAAUUAAUGUUCACCACAGAUCCUCUUCAACAUACCAUCCCAUGGCUCCCUGGGUUAAGAGACUAUUUCUGCAAAAACUUCCUAAAUUGCUUUGCAUGAAGGGCCACGUGGAUCGCUAUUCUUUCCCACAUAAAGAUGAGAGCCAACCAGUUGUGAAAGGGAAAGUCCUGGAGAAAAAGAAACUAAGACAGAUUAGUGAAGGUGAAAAAGUUCUGAUUGCUUUCUUGGAAAAGGCUGCUGAUUCCAUUAGAUAUAUUUCACAGCACGUGAAGAAAGAACAUUUUAUCAGCCAGGUGGUCCAAGACUGGAAAUUUGUAGCUCAGGUUCUGGACCGUAUCUUCCUGUGGCUGUUUCUCACAGCAGCCGUAACAGGCUCAGUUCUGAUUUUCACCCCGGCUUUGAAGAUGUGGCUGCAGAGUUACCACCACUAGGCAGUUUCAAGAGUGAUGUAAAAUACAGUCUUUAAAAACUAAACAAACUAUAAAAAUCCCUUAGAAUUGCAUCCAGCUAGUCUGUAUAUAUAAUUUCCAAGCCUACUUGCUUAUUUAAAGGGCCUGUGUUAUCCUCAGGGAAGCUGAACCUUGGCAACUGUGGAUGUGCUCACAGUUAAGUUGCGAGUGAGUUGGGGGGAUCUGGCGGUAGCACAGCGGCUUAAGCGUUCAUGGCACAAAGCACAAGGACUGGCAUAAGGAACCCAGUUCAGGCCCCUGGUUCCCCACCUGCAGGGGGGUCACUUCAUGGGCAGUGAAGCUGGUCUGCAAGAGUCUGUUUCUCUCUGUGUGUGUCUCCCCCCCCCCUCAAUUUCUCUCUGUACUAUCCAGCAGCAAUGACAACAAUAAUAAUAACGACAAGGGCAACAUAAUGGGCUCCAGGAGCAGUGGACUCAUCGUAGGCAGGCACCGAGCUGCAGCAAUAGCCCUGGAGGCAAAAAAAAAAAAAAAGUGAGUUUGGGUUAAAACCUCACUUGUUAUAGGCAGAGUAAAAUAUUUAAGACUGACGUCACAUGUCUGCUUGCUAGAUAAAUGCCUGCCCCCGCCACACACACACACACACACACACACACACACACACACACACACACACACACUAGACGGAGGCCUAAUUCAGGAGAUCUACCUGCACUCCAAGGAGGUCUUGAGUCAAGCUAUUUCUGUGUACAGAACCUGCUUCUUCUGCAUUAUUGAUGACUCUGGUGGUUUUACCUGGAUUUCAAACUGGGGCUAUGAAUGUUAUGCUUUUUUCUUCUGUUCUUUUUCCUUUUUAGUCUUGACUGAGUUUAUCUGUUCCUUCUUUUCCUUGAAUGGUUUGAAAGUUAUGAAUUUGUUUCUAUUCUAUUUUAUCAUUAAACAUAUUUAUGCUUUUUAAAUCAGUGAUAAGGAUUAGUAUCUGUAGCUGUCUCCACCCACCCAUAAUUUUUUUCUUUUUUAUUGUCACACCUUUGGUGAUUGCACUACAAAUCUACUGCUUCCAGCAGCUUUUUAUUUUUUCUAUUUUAUUUAACAGAACAGAGAGAGAAAUCAAGAAAGGAUGGGGAGUUAGAAAGGAAAAGAGAAAGACAGACACCUGCAGACCUCUUUCACCGCUCGUGAAGUGUACCUGCCAUAGGUGGGGAGAUGGAGGCUAUAAAUAAUUUAAUACUUUUGUUUAUACUUUCUUUGUCCUUUUUUUCUUUUUUUUGUGUAAAUUGCCCACAUUUUUAGUUCUUGGUCAUGAUUUUAUGAGGGUUAACCCUUCAGAAUAAUUUAUUGCCCAUAUAUUUUUUUCAAAACCACAACAUAAACAAUUGUUUCAUUUAUUUAUUUACUCACCACUUUUUGUUUUCUCCAUUUUCUGAUUUGCUUCAUUACUUCAGAGGAAACCGUCUACGUGUAACUCUUUAGGAAGGUUUAAGUAGGAGUCGUUUCGAAUCCUUGCUUUUUUGAGAUUGUUUUCUGUCCUCAUAGAAUAGGUUGGCUGGGCAUGGAAUUUUGAGUUCAAAAUCAUUUUCCCUCAGAACUUGGAAGACAACACUCUUCAAUACCCAGUGUUAUAGAGACAACAAAUGGUGAAUGGUGAUUCUUAUUUCUUCUUCUUAUAAAUCCCUGUACUUUCCUUCUGAAACUUUAAGAUUUUUUUCUUUUGUUGGGUCUUUUAAAAAAUGUCAUCUGUAUGCUGUAUAUGUCAGAGUAUAGUUCUCUACAAAUCUACUGACUAUCUACUGACAUCUUUCAACUAGAGCAAAUUUGCUUCCCUUUAUUUAUCUUAUUCCCCAUCCUCCUAUCACUCUCCUUUCCUCUUGAAAUCACUAAUAGAGGUUUCACGGUAUCCCUGGAUUUGUCUUCCAUGUAUAGUAAUCUGUCUCUCUCCCUCCCUCUCACUCUUUUGUGACAGGGGUCAAAAGUAGGACUUCAUACAGUCUAGGCAUGUAUUCUACCACUGAGCCACCUCCCCAGACUCUCAUACUUUUUAUUUAUUCAGUUCUUUACAUUUUCAGUUUGAUAAAGCUAACUAAUUUGAUAUUCAGCUGUUAGCUAUUCAAUCCAGCUACUCAGGUAUUUUGUUUUCAUUUCCUUGUUGUUUAUAGAUAAAUCAUGUAUUUGAUUUCUAAGAACUGUAACUUUUCUUUUAGAUGUCAUAACCUCUGAAAUAUUUGAAGGAGUAUUAAUUAUGGUUACCUUAAGUUCUACUUAUUAUCUCCACAUUAACAAUUUUUCUUCAGGAUAGUUCAUGUACCAGGACCCCAAUGCCCUCUUCACCCCUUCCUUCUCUCUUCCCCUACUUUCCCCAGAAUCCUUUGCUUUGGGAUAAUAUUCCACAGCCAGUCUAAGUUUUACUUUGUGUUUUCUCUUUCUGUCCUAUUUCAUAAAUUCUUUUUUUUUUUUAG